AAUCAUUGUUAAGGGAAUCCAUUCCAUGGAUCACUGUUUUAUUUUCACUGUGGAGGUUUUCGAAGUGGCUAUCAAAUCAAGAACUUUGAGACAUAGAGGAGGCAGAUCCCAAAAUAUAAUAAAAAUAUUACAGAGAGCAUAAUAGCCCCUUCAAGUACACGACACAAAUGUAAGAUCAGACCAGAAGUUAAAACCCUGAGUAAAAAAAUUAACUUUUGGGUAUUUUAAUGGUGCUAUAUUGGGAUCUCAACUCUUUAUUUUCAGUUCUUUUUUUUUGAAACAAAUUUUUUUUUUUUGCCAAAAACAGUGAAUACCUAUGAAAGUUUAGUCCUUUUUUUUCUUUGUUUCAGACUUUGAUGAAAAAAACAGAGAAAGAAAAAAGACCAGUUUUUUUGUUUUUAAGUACUUUGAAUGAAUGGAACCUAGAGAAGGAGGAGGAGGAAUAAACAUAAACCCACAUUCAAAAUCAAAAUCAAAACAGACCCAGAUUGUUGAAAUGGAAGAAACCCAUAAUCAUAAAGCAGCAUCAGAAGUUAAAGAUUUCAAUAUAGUAGUAGCAGGAGAUCAGAAAGAUGAUCAGCAGCAAGCAAGUUUAAAGAAGCAAUUAGCACCGAAAAGAAGUUCAAAUAAAGAUAGACAUACUAAAGUUGAUGGUAGAGGUAGAAGAAUAAGGAUGCCAGCUUUAUGUGCUGCUAGAAUCUUUCAAUUGACAAGAGAAUUAGGUCAUAAAUCUGAUGGUGAAACCAUCCAAUGGUUGUUACAACAAUCUGAACCAUCUAUUAUUUCUGCAACUGGUACUGGGACUAUUCCUGCAUCUGUUCUUGCUGCUGCUACUGCUUCUGUAUCUCAACAUGGGAUUUCUGUUUCAGUUGGUUUAGGAGGAGGAGAUAUUCAUGGUUCUGCUAGUAGAAAUCACCAUUGGAAUUUAAUGGCUUCUUCAAAUAGAUCUCAAGCUCAUGGUAAUAGUACUAAUACUAAUACUGCAUCUGGUUUAUGGCCUCAUCAUCAUCAUCAUACUGUUAGUGAAUUUGAGUCAGGUUAUGUGCCUACUUCUGGACCAUCUACAUCCAAUUUAGGUACUGAAACCUCAAAUUUUGCACCCAGAAUUGGGUUUCAUGGGUUUGAAAUUCCUGGUACUAAUCUGGGGCCAAUGAGUUUUAGUUCAAUGUGGGGUGGUACUAAUCAACAAAUUCCUGGUUUAGAACUUGGUCUUUCUCAAGAUGGACAUAUUGGGGUUUUAAAUCCUCAAGCAUUGAACCAAUUCUUUCAGCAACAACAGCAACUUCAACAACAACAACAGCAACUUCAACAACAACAACAGCAACAUCAACAACAGCAGCAUCAACAGCAUGAGCAUGAACAGCAACAACAACAACAGCAGCAGCAGCAAUCUUCAAAGGAUGAUUCUCAAGAUUCAGACAAUUAGAGUUUGUAGGAAAAAUGGGUUCUCUCAAGUAGGAAUUUUGUUGAGUUUUCCAAACUCAUUGAAAUGAAGGUGAAUCUAUUGAAAGCUGAAUUAGCUUUGGGAUUGGACUUCCCUUCUUGUUUAUUUCAGGUGUGUGUUAAAAAAUAGUGUAACUAUGAUGUUGUUGAUUUUGUUAGAGCUGAAUGAAUUGUCUUCUGAAAGCUUAUAGCUGUGGAUUCAGGUUUGCUAGCAUUUUGGAAAGCAUAUCUUGUAGUUCUAAUGUCUGAUCAGAAUGUCUCGAAAAUUUGCUGCUUCAUGAGCAUGUUCUUUGUGUUUGAUGGUUCCGUAAAUGCACAUCUAGUCCAAGUCCUAGGGUGUAAGCCAAUAACAGUUAAAUCCAUUAUGAUGGAGAUUGUAGAGACCUUUAUUGUAGUCUAGCUCUAGUAAAACUUAGCGAACAAACCAUUCACUUGGUCGAUUCCUAACCAAACUCCAUAACCAGUUUCUCGUUCCCUCGAGAUGAGAUAAUUGUAGGGGAAUUGGAAGAAGAAACGCUUGGAAAGGCAACAAUAUUCACCCACCAGGAUUUCAUGGAUGUGUAUGUCUCUGAUUUAUAAUAAAGUGGAAAUUGAUGGAGAUGAUGCUGAAGGGGGUUAAGCUUUAUUUGUUGAGAACAGUAGAAAACCAAGUGACAGCAGCUUCUUAUGGAAUUGAACCAUGGUAAGUGGGAAGUUGAAAUGGCAGAUAGUUUGAAUUUUGCUUGAGCUAGAUCGUUCUUAGACCCUGAUUCCGCUUGUAGUACUAGUAUCACUUAUAUGGUCUUGUUAGUAUAACAAAUUCAUCUUCAUUGGCUAUACGGAGACAGUCUCCUUGUCUUGCUUCCUGGCAAACUCUUUUAGAAUUGUGUUGGUAAACAUAACCAACAGAUCAUUUCCAGUUUGCACAGACAUAUUGAACUGAACCGAGCUAAUGUAGCUGCCUAAACACUCUUCAAGAACGUGAUGCAAUGGAACGGCAGACUCAGUGGUAGUUAGCAUGAUAUAUCCAUCUUUGACUUGAAGGUACUGACUUCAUAGUAGAUCGAUGAUAGUUACGAGUCAUUCUUGCUCAUGAACAAGCUUCGAAUUGCAACUUGUUAAUUUCAUUUUGGAUGCCUGAAUUCAUCACUAUUAACAUGAUGUACAAUGCGUGGUAACAUUCAUAAAUGAUAAGUUUCCCUGCCUCA